AUGCAGUGCCCUUUCGCCUGUGAACAGGGCGGUUGCGAUACUCCGAUGAGGAUGAACAUAGCAUGGCUGAUGGGUAAUGUGUUGAGACAUACGAGUGCACCGGAAGUGCUCGCUGGCAUUGACCCCAGUGAUUUGGUCGUGACAUUAGAAUGCUUGAUGGCGAUAAGCGGUGUAUUCAUCAGCGUGAUGGGUACCCUUACUCCGGCUGGAACCAAUACUUACGGGCUGAGUCUGCGUUGA